AUGAUUGUGGUCAAGCUUGUCGGAUCGUGCACUAGUACUGUCAAUCAUCUAGCUCCUACUCCACCUACCCCUAUGGGUAAGUUGAUAUGAUGUUUUAAUUAUGUAGUUAGAGCAAGGGGCUGAGGCAGAGUAAUUUGUUGUACGGUACGGUUAGAGGUAGACGUAGAGGCAGGGCUAGGGCGAUAGGGCUGGACUGAUUUUUAAACAUGUUUUAGGUUGUAUGGCAUGUCCUACAUCAGGACUGGAUCUGUUUCUACGAACCAACGCCGAGACUGAUAAUGCUGAUGGCUGUAAGCAACUGACCUUAUAUUGUGCAGCAGCUGAUCAAGACAUUUAUGUAAGUUCAAAAAAGUGCAAGGACUUUCUUUACAAAUUUCAAAAUUGCAAGAACUUUCUUUACAAAACCCAAAAUGACAAGAAUUUCCUUUACAAAACUCGAAAAGACAAAAACUUUCUUUACAAGGUCGAAAAUUGCAAGAACUUUCUUUACAAACCAAAUUUUUAAAAUUUUUUAAAUCUCACAUUUCUUCCUGAAAUUAUGUUAAAACCUUAUUCAGUUCAACGAAUUCACAAUCGUAGCGACGGAAACCGGCCAGAUUACAUUACAAUGUGGCGCUGGUGGUUGGAUGUACAUGGGUCAAGUUGUAACCGAAAUGGAUUGUUUACCUCCAAAUGGCAAAUAA